AUGGAUGCUGAGGGAGUCGAAGAUGGAACUAGUUUAAGAAGAAGCAAUGUCGACAUCAGGGAUUCAGAAACAGAGCAUCGAGAUGUAGAGGGAUGGAAGUCGUUCGCAGAGGACACAACUCUACACGGUGCCAGGUUUUUCUUCGCAGAUAACUUUUUCAGAAGACUGCUUUGGAUUGCUGCAGUUUUAGGGUACGCAAUUUUCUGCAACUACCAAGUUUACACUUUUGUAAGACACUUUUAUGAGAGACCUUUUAAUACAAAAAUAACGUUCGACAGAGAUAACGAUGAAAACGCAUUUCCUUUCCCAGCUGUGACUCUAUGUAAUCUUAAUGCACUCAACAAAAGAAAACUCAUAAAGUCACUCACGAAUGUUUACGGCCAAGCGACUGUCGAUAAAAAGCUUCAGGAUAUGUAUCUAAUUAUAAGAAGAUCGAAAGCGGCGUUUACCAAAGAAUUCAAGGAGCGCAAUCCAGAGUUUUUCCAUCGUUCUCAAACUGUCAACGAAACCCAAACGAACUUUUGGAUAACUGGUGAUGAUAUGGAAGAUAUGCUUUUACCAACCAGCCCAGAAUUCAGUUCUUGCUCAAUCAAUGGCAAACAGUGCAACGCUCAUAACUUCACAAGCUCACUGAGCGCCUUUCAUGGUUUGAAAUGUCAUACCUUCAACUCUGCAGAGGGUGGUAAUCCAUUGUUGAAUACUACCGUCGCUAGUCUUCCAAGUGGCUUGAGGCUUCGACUUAACAUCGAGCGAGACGAAUAUAUCCCAAUUCCAUGGAGGCCUUCGGUUGGAAUUUUGCUUCUCAUACAUGAGCAGAAGACGUUUCUACCUGUGGAAGAGUUUGGCAUUGUUAUUCAACCGGGAAUGUCUAGUCUAUGCGCCAUAAAAAGAAGAAAGAUAAUUAACUUGGAGAAGCCGUAUGCAACAAACUGCAGGAAAGGAUCUCUUAAGUUUGACAGGGACUUUGCCUACACAAAACCUGCCUGUAUGGUAAAUUGUCGCAACGAUUAUAUUAUCAAAGCUUGCGGUUGCACUGUAAUAAAAUUUCAAGCCAAUCGACCAAUCCCAAUUUGUGCAGUGAAUGACUCAAUUCUGUGCGUUUUCCCAUCGUAUGAAAACUUUGGUACUUCCAGUGAGAAGUCUGCCUGCGAAAGGAAGUGUGGCGAGCCAUGCGAAUAUGUGGAGUACAAGACAUCUCUUUCCUACAGUGGACUUCAGAGGGACGCUUUCAUUGAACAACUCAUGUUCUCUCUUAACAACACUGAGAAAUCUGGUAUGGAACUCGAGAUGUACAAACCCUUUUUGAACAUGACCGAAGAACAAAGGGAGAAGUUUGUAGACGAAAACAUCAUCUCUCUGGAUAUAUAUUUUGAAGACCUGAGCGUUGAGAUCGUUGAGCAAAAACCUGUUUUUGAAACAUGGGCUUUGAUUGGAAACCUGGGUGGUACUUUUGGUCUUUUCCUUGGAAUGAGUUUCCUAACUCUCCUGGAAUUCUUCGAUUUUGUCUUCAGGAGAAUUUUGCACUUGUUCAAAGCAACGAAAAACAAGAAAAGCUUAGCAUCUGACAGAUAA